UAUCUCGCGAUAAGCGGACUGGUAUAAUAGCCAUUAUCGAACUUGUUCCCCGCGGCCACCCACGCAUUAUCUAUCAGUGCCCGCUGUCAAUUGAUUGUCCGAGGUCGGGACCCUGACUUGAUUCAACAAGUACGAUAGUGAUCCAACAUGGCCGCUGCUGUAGCCAUACAACCUCUGGCCCCUCGCUCUGGCCCAAUGGCUUUCAACCAACAACAACCAAGGAGCAGUAAGAUCGCCUUUGUGCAUGACCACGUGCUAUCCCACUAAACAUUGUAUUAUUGUAGUCACCAGCUCUCGCGGAAGAAGAGAAAGGCCUUGUGACGGUUGCCGUAGACGUAAAAGCAAGUGUGUGUUACAAGACUCAUUACCUUGUGUCCUGUGUGAAUUCCACAAGCAAGACUGCACCUUUGUCGAGGCUGCUCAACCACGCAAGCGAAAGGUAGACGACUCGACUGGAUCAAAGGACUCACCAAACGCUAAGCGUCCAAAGGACUCUAAAAGUCCAGGUCAAACACCUCCGCCGCACCAGCAUCCUAUUGCCCCUGUCAUUCACCUUGAGAAGCCACAGCAUGCCCCACAACCUGUACGAGGCGUAGUUCUAGGAGAUACUCUGAGUCUACAACGAGAACAACACUGUAGACUCAUUGGACGCACCUCGGCCUUGGAUAUUUCCCUUCUUGGAUUCUCAGACUUCGGCAGCCGCCACGAAACGAAUACUGGAUUCGGCAAGAUCAGGAGGGUAGCAACAAGUGACUUCUUCAGCAUGCAUACCGAUGCUUCUUUCUCAACGUACGAAGACGAAUUACAAACACUAGUUGCAGUCGAACAAACGGUGGCACCUUACGGACCUUCGCUCAUCGACUUGUACUUCCGCAAUGUACAUCCUAGCUUCCCCAUCCUCCAGAAACAUACUUUUAUGGACAGACAUAGGAACGGAGACCGCCAAUUCCACUCGGGCUUGUUGGCGGGAAUGUACUUACUAGCACUUCGCUGGUGGCACAGGGAUCCCGUGCUCUCUCAGCAUCCCAAACCGUCUGUUUACCGUCUGGAAGAACUUGCAGCACGGUCACUCAACAUAGCUAUGCAACACCCUAAACUGUCCGCUCUCCAAGCUGGUUUGCUGUUAUUGCAGAGACGACAAGCGACCGAUUGGGGGUUAACUGUACAAUUAGUUGCACUAGCACAAGAUCUUGGUCUACAUAUCGACUGCACGAAUUGGGACAUCCCGAUCUGGGAGCGUCGACUACGCAAGAGACUGGCGUGGGCACUUUAUAUGCAGGACAAGUGGACUGCAUUGGUUCAUGGACGGCCGUCCCACAUUCAGGCCGCUGAUUGGGCCGUUUCAACUCUCUCGCUCGACGACUUCAACGAAGAAUUCGAGAAUGCCGACCAACAGAUGAUUGCAGACGACGAGAACGAAGAGGAAGAGAAGAGCCGCGUGAUAUUCAUCCAGAUGAUUGAGUUGACGAGUAUCAUGGCCGAGGUAAUUGAUGUGUUCUACACACAAAGGGCCAACGCGGAAUUCGAAAGAGGCGGAAGAAAUGCCACACGAUUGAUUCUGGAGCGAGCAAAGCCAGUGCAACUCAAAUUGAAGGAGUGGUUUUCUAAAUUACCGGCGGUCGCAAGAAUGGAUGCAUACACACCGGGAAAGCUGUCUUCAAAUGGCUACCUGCAUCUUGCAUAUUUUGCGACCGAGAUCUCAAUUCAUCGACGCAUCGUGCAGUCAUUGCAGCCAUCGGCGACGGAUCCAUACGUCUUGUACAUCUGUCGGUCGGCGGCCAAGACAAGAUUGAUUUCGGCCAUGGACUUUGUCAACCGUCUCAAGCCAGAGCAUCUCGACUCAUUCUGGUACUUUGCAUCGGCAACCAACUUCGCCUUGAUCAACACGUUUGGCAACCUCCUCCGAGCGACCGCUCCCGGAGAGGAGGAAGCAGGAUUCUAUUCAUGCCGCCUCAAAGAAUACAGGUGGGCAUUGGGCGCCAGCUGCCGGAGAGCAGAGUGGCUGGAAGGUGCUGUCAGGAUGCUCGACGCGACUGACAAUCUGGUCGAUGGUCUGGCUGACAGUCAACGAAACAAGACUCAGCAUACGGCCAACGAGGAGAUGGAAGACGACGAAGAGGGUGAAUACUGAUGUGGACCCUUCUGGAGGAUUAUGUUUUUGAUGAAUUUGCUGCAUUGUUACGAUACCCAUUUGAUGACUGGCAAAGAUUAGAAAGGAAGGCACAAUAGAGGCGCGCAGACAUAGAGUUACUAGGACGAUCAUAAUGAGAACAUGUAUUUACAACAUUUCACGAUCAGAAAGGUGCAAAUGGA